GAAUGGGGCAUUCUGCCUCGCCGUUUUCCUGACGGCAAUACCGAAGACUAUGACCUCUUCUUCGUCUUCUCUCCCCCAUUCCACUCAGAUCAGAUGCAAAUUCAUUGGUUCGAAAUCACCCUCUUCCUCCAUCCAUCUCUGUAUCUCCUAUUGCGAUUCUGGGUUUCGAUCUUUCUACGAGGUAUUCUGGGAUGUCGAACACUGGCACCGAUGAUCAUCACGAGGAGUCUAGCCCUCUAUUGAGCAAGCAGGUUGAAGAAGAUGGGAGCAAAGAGAGUUGCAACGACAAAGGCAAUCGGCCCAAGGAGGGGAAAGUGGAUGCAGCAUCGGAUUUGUCUAAUCUUUCAGUGGGAGUUCGGUAUAGUUGGGCCCCCGAAGGGCUGCCGUUGGGUCACGCGAACGUGGCUCGGGGACAGUGGGGCUCCUGCCUCUUCGCUUGUCUUGGCCGUAAUGACGAGUAUUGCUGCAGCGAUCUAGAAGUUUGUAUCGUUGGAAGCACGGCCCCAUGUGUGCUGUAUGGAAGCAAUGCUGAAGGACUUAUAUCUGGUCCCCAGACCUUUCGAAAUCACUGCUUGUUAUACUGUGGUCUGUGCCUGAUUGGUAUUCCGUGUUUCUCUUUGGGCAAUCGCCUCUGCCUCCCGUCAUGCUUUUCAUUUCCUAACCGUUCUGCCCUGCGGCGGAAGUUUAACCUGGAGGGCAGCUGUGAGGCACUUAGUAGGUCGUGUGGCUGCUGUGGGAGCUGUUUGGAAGAUGACGUGCAGCGUGAACAUUGUGAAUCGGUUUGUGACUUAGCAACCCAUGUCUUCUGCCAUCAAUGUGCUCUUUGCCAGGAAGGACGUGAGAGUCGCCGAAGGAUUCUUCAUCCUGGGUUUAAUUUUCAGCCUCUUCUGGCCAUGAUUCCGCCUGGGAAGCAAACCAUGGGCAGCCGAGCCUGACUGCAUCUGCUACAAGCCUGCCUGCUAAUGAAACAGCUUUACCCUGUGUGUUGUUGUCAAUACUAUAUAAUGCUCUAGAAUGAUAUGUUGAAACUUUAUUCCUAUCCUAAAAAAAGAUGUUAAACUUUACCAUAUCAUCUGUACUUGCCAUCAGAGAAGUGAAUGCUUGGUGUUGUCCUCAUAUGAUGUAUGAUUAAAAAAAUGUUUAUGUUACCUUCCGUUCUGUUCAUAAAUAAAUAUUACUAUUGUAC